CUGCUCUUCUUCUCCACGACCUCUUGCUUGAAAAUGUCGUCUUCUUCUUCUCCCCCUACUCCUAGCAACCGCUUCACAACACCACCACCACAAUCUCACCCCGACAAUGGCGACCCCUGAAUAGAACGAGACGCCUCGCGUCCUCAGCCCUAUCUAGAUGGAGGAGAAAUCCCUGGCCCCCAACGCCAUGGAGCACGUCCAGCCGAAUGGUGGAGUGACAGCCUGGGCGUGUGUGGCCGGUUCGUUUCUGCUGCAGUUCUGCUCGUUUGGUUACGUCAACGCAUGGGGAACCUUCCAGCUGUACUACCCAGACGCCAUGUUCUCCGACGAAAGCGCCUCCUCCCUGGCGUGGAUCACAACCUUCCAGAUCUUCCUGCUCUUCAUACUCGGGCCCGCCGUGGGCAAGAUGAUCGACCUCUACGGCUGCCGCAGGUUCUUGCCCGCCCUUUAGCUUCAUGGCCGUGUUCUCCGUGUGCAUGCUCAGCCUGUGCUCCAAGUACUGGCAGGUCAUGCUGGCGCAGGGUAUCGCUUCUGGUCUGGCGGUUGCCAUUGUGUCUUCGGGGAGUAGUUUAGGUGAGAAACCCUCCUAU